CAAAAAAUCCAAUUUGCUGAACACCAGAUAUAAGCUAAAAACAGAGCACCUCCAAAAAUUAAAACAAAGGUUCAAAAAUUUGGGAAGAUCCCCAAUCCGUUUCAAAUUCUCUCGAUCAAGGACCCCACGUUUUUCCUCCAAAUCCAAAACCCUAAUUCUCCGCAUCUCGAUCCGUCGCAGAUCUCUCCUCGCCGCCCUCCUCCCCAUGGCAUCUCGCAGGCGCAUGCUGCUCAAGGUCAUCAUCCUCGGCGACAGCGGGGUCGGGAAGACGUCUCUCAUGAACCAGUACGUCAACCGCAAGUUCAGUAACCAGUACAAGGCGACCAUUGGAGCUGAUUUCUUGACGAAGGAAGUUCAGUUUGAAGAUCGAUUGUUCACAUUGCAGAUAUGGGAUACUGCUGGGCAAGAAAGGUUCCAGAGUCUGGGUGUGGCUUUUUACCGAGGUGCAGACUGCUGCGUCCUUGUUUAUGAUGUGAAUGUCAUGAAAUCAUUUGAUAAUCUUAACAACUGGAGGGAAGAGUUUCUACUUCAGGCCAGCCCAUCAGACCCUGAAAACUUUCCAUUCGUCGUGUUGGGGAACAAGAUAGAUGUUGAUGGUGGUAAUAGUCGUGUGGUUUCUGAAAAGAAAGCAAAGGCUUGGUGUGCUUCUAAGGGAAACAUCCCUUAUUUCGAGACAUCUGCAAAAGAAGGAUUCAACGUGGAGGCUGCAUUUGAGUGUAUAGCUAAAAAUGCUUUGAAGAAUGAACCUGAAGAAGAAAUAUACCUUCCCGACACCAUUGACGUCACUGGUGGUGGACGGCAGCAGAGAUCUACUGGCUGUGAAUGUUGAAGAGAAUUAAUUGGCUACUCUUUCCUGGGAAUGGAAAUACAGUGGAACCGAUUUAUCGUGAUUCAUUGCUCAAUAACUAUUACGUAAGAGACUAAUGUAGGCGACCAGAUCAAACUCUCAUCAUGUAUCAUUAGUAGAUCAAGGAAGACUGUUCCUUGGUCUUAUCGGUUCCCUCUUCUAAUGUUAGUAGUUUACAAGUAUAAUUUGUUUGGACAUGUAUUCUUGGGUAUGAGUUUGCUUUGAAGUAUGUUAUUGGAUAUGCCUUUUUGGUGGAGC